CUCGGCCAGCCCAGAGACAGCCCGUCCCGAUCUCCAGCGCCGCCGCCACCACCACCGGACCCCCGCCGGCCUCCGACCAUGCGCGGCAGUGCGCUUUAACUAUUCGAUGGAGCCGGGCAACUUCUACGAGGCGGACUCGCGGACCCCGAUGCCCAGCGUUUUCCACUCGCACCCGCAGCAGCAGCGCCCGCCGCUCCCCGCCGCCGCGCACCUGCCCUCCGCCGCGCUUGGCUUCGCCCCGCCGGCCGGCCCUUUCGGCUACCUGGCGGCGUCGGAGCUGCCCGAGAUUUGCGAGCACGAGAACUCCAUCGACCUGAGCGCCUACAUCGACCCGGGCGCCUUCAACGACGAGUUCCUGGCCGACCUCUUCCAGCACAGCAAGCAGCAGCAGCAGCAGCAGGAGCGCGCCGCCAAGGCCGGGCUGGAGUGCGGCGGGGCCGGCAUGCCGGGCGCCGGGUUCCCGCCGGGCGGGGGCGCGCUCUACUGCUACGCCGACAAGCUGGAGGGCAACGCCGCCUACGAGCGCCUGGGCCAGGGCCCCCCGCUGCUGCCAGGCUUGCGCCCGCUGCUCAUCAAGCAGGAGCCCCACGAAGAGGAGGAGGCGGGCGCGCUGGCCGCGCUCUACCCGCCGCCGCCCGCCGGGCCGCCCUGCAGCCACCUCCAGUACCAGGCGGCGCACUGCGCCCAGACCACAGUGCACCUGCAGCCCGGCGGGCAGCCCACCCCGCCGCCCACGCCCGCGCCCAGCCCGCACGGGGCCCACCCGCCCCACCGCCUCCACGCCGGGCCCAACGCUGCCGCCUCGUCGGGCAAGUCCAAGAAGUCGCUGGACAAGGGCAGCAGCGAGUACCGGGUGCGGCGGGAGCGCAACAAUAUCGCGGUGCGUAAGAGCCGCGACAAAGCCAAGCAGCGCAACGCCGAGACGCAGCAGAAGGUGCUGGAGCUGAGCAACGACAACGAGCGGCUCCGCAAGCGCGUCGAGCAGCUCAGCCGCGAGCUGGAGACCCUCCGCGGCAUCUUCCGGCAGCUGCCCGAGAGCUCGCUGGUCAAGGCCAUGGGCAGCUGCUCCUGAGCGCACCGCAGGGGCGUCGCGGGGCAGAGGAUCGGGGUCCGCGCGGGCGAAGCCGUCGGGAGCGGCCGCUGCACUCCGAAACCUCGCCUGGCU